AUGAGCAAUUCGCCGUUUCCCAUGGGGGAAAACCCCUCUCAGUUGGGUUUCACACCUGCCUGUACUAGCGAAAAUGCUGACGUCAACCUGUGGGAAAGAAACAACCAACAAAGCGAAAGACAUAUACAAAUGAAUCACGAAAAAAGAGGAACAUUUCUCGGAGAUGAAAGUUGUAAAUCCGUCUCAACUAGCGAUAGCAGAAUUAGUCUGAAUUGUGCUGACGUGAAAUAUAACUACUCGUCCAACUCAAAUAAAGACACCAUUGAAGACAUGAAGGUGAACGCUCCAUUUAACUUCAAAGCGGGUGCUACGCCUGGGCAAAGUACUGACAAUGAGAAUGAGCAUACCCAUGUAGGGACAUAUGUGGAAGACACCACGCUGGAGUCACUGCAAAGGAACUACAUGCACAGUAAUGACGAUACAAAUGAAGAGACAAAUGAUGAUACGAACACGGAUACUAAUGCGGAAGAUUCUGUGGGGGGUAGUCUUGAAGCACACGAACAGGCAUCCCCUGGGAAAACGCCUAACCACAUACCCGAUGGAUCGAACAAUACGGCGAUCUUUUCAACACUGGGUAGGACUUUCGGGGAGGACGCAGGAAACGACAAUUUUCCCCUUACUGGAGCGCUGGACAUGGAGAACUGUGCGGACUACGGGGUGAGUUACGGCACUAAUUACAACAUGAACUGCAGCAUGAACUCUGCAGCGAACUACGGAUCAAACUACGCCACUAACAACUAUGCGAAUAACUACGCUACUAACUACGCAACGAGGUAUGGGACAAACUACAGCGUGAAUUGCAACACAAACUAUGGCAGCCGCUUCAGCCCCUGCGUAAAAAAUGUGCCAAUUCACGAAAGGGGAUUGCUGAAGACCCCUCCUGCAGGUGUGUACACAUUUUUUCGGCCAAACAAAAAAUACGAACCCUUGAAAUACAACAAUCAAAUAAAAAAAGGAGUGAAGAAAAAUGGCACAAUAAAUGAAAAAUAUCAUAAAGCAAAAAAUGAAUACAUAUCAAGCACAGGAGAUGUUCCUCUUUUUAAAAGUGCAAAUAAGUACACCUCAUGUAAUUGUGCAGAACUGCAUAAAAGUAUGCACACAGGGAAAGAGGAAAAUGUGUGCAUCGAUAUAAAGCAAAUACACAGCGACUUUAUUUAUUUGAUUGUAAAGUAUUUGUACUAUGAACGAAUUCUGCCGGAAGCAAAUGAAGUGAAGCGGAAAAUAAGCAAGUACUUCCCCGAGUGUGCGGUCCUCAAUACAAAUUUUGUAAACAUUUGCAGAGAGGACACCAAGCAGAGAUUCCUAAUAAGCAGGAUCAAUUCACACGAAGAAGAAGACGUCGAAGAGGAAGAGGACAAAAGAGAAAGAGCGUAUUUUCGGAAAACAUUUAAUAACGAAAAUAUCUGCAUAUACCUCAGAGAUAUAUCAAGAGAUUUCUUCAUAAACCCCAAUGACGACACGGAAAGCGUUUUGCAAUACAUCCCUCUCCUGUUCAUGCAUAUUAUUGACAGGUUCAGAUUACAGUCCAGUGACAAUAAUCACAAGGGAGGCAGAUACAUCCUGGCCGAAACGCUGAAACACACGGGCCCAUACAUUUUCAGGACGAUGAAGUUAGGAAGAAUCAUACACAUACUCCAAAAAUGCAUCGACCUGAAUAUCCUCUCCUACUACAACAACAAUAUUAUUCCCAUUUUUACCUCCAUGGCUAUUUCAAAAACGUACGUUUCUAAAAUGCUGGUAAAUGAAACGCCCGAUUCGAAGAACCACAAGGUAAACUCCAUAACUAUCAUAAAGGAUAGGAUCUAUCGCCUUCUGCAUAGCUACUCAGAGGAUAAGACAAAGGGAAAAGGCUUUUCCCUAAGUAGAUUACCCCUCAUAUAUAAAAACGUGUACAAGGAAAGCAUAAACAUCGACCAAAUAGGAUACUCAAAGUUGACCGAAUUUAUAAAUAACGAGCUCAGUGAUAUUUGCUUCAUUUCCACACAGCAUAAGUUCCAGUGCAUCCUGAUGCCCCUCAUGGAAAAUGAGCAAAAACACCGGGACAAGAAUGCAAAACUGAAAAAGGAAAAACAGUUAAAAGAAUCCCUGGACUACAUAAAAAAUUACCAGUGGGAAAGGUGCAUAUCGUAUUUACACUUUGCAAAUUAUGCCAGAAACAAAAAGACGGAACCGGAAGUGAAGAGGGCAACUCCCCCAGACGCCAUAGAACAACUAAUAAACAAUAGCUUCCUCGUUAAGCAUAAGAAUUACCUUGAUCGAACUUUAAAAAACGGUUCUGAUGAAAACGUCCCAUUGUUAUUACCUUUGGACGUUUUCAAUUUGCCCUCAUCGCACGAUAUGUACGAUACCUACCAUAAGUCAGAAACCUAUUACAGUACCAACCCUACGGAAGACAAUUCGGCUAUCAAAUGUGUGGAUAAUAUGCAAAGCAAAUGCAGCAUCUUAUAUGAUCUUAGAAAAUGUGUCUCUAUGGAUAUUUCCAUUGAAGAGUCCGUAAAUGUAAACCACAUGUAUCAGAACUAUCCGUCUUCUUAUAACGUUUUCCACUCUCUUUUUAAGGACACCGUGGAAGAAAUUCCCAUUGUUGAUCAGCAGCGAAUGCAAAUUUAA